UCUUUUAGCAGCUUUGGUUAAAAAUCAUUGAGUAUUUCAAAUUAGUCUCAAGUAGCCAACUUUUAAAAGGUGCAAAAAUUUACUAUUUUCAAACUUUGACCAGAAAAACAACACAGAAACUCCAAAUUACUCUACUCUUUCAUUCUCAAUAACCCACCAAAAGUCCUCUGAUCCCAUUAUCCUCAUUGCUGUAUCAGAAAAUGGAGAAUUUGCUUCUUCCUCCACUUUUGCAGGUGUUGUUUGACAAAAUGGCUUCUCCUGUCCUUGACAACCUUGAUGAUAUCUUGAAUAGCACAAACAACUUGGAAGAGCUAAAAGAAAACUUAGAAGAGGUUCGAGCUACUCUUGAAUCUGCAGAAGAGAAACAAGUGGCUGAUAUACAUGCGAGAAUUUGGUAGUCAAAGCUCAAACACGCUUCUUAUAGUGCUCAAUACUUGCUUGACAAUAUUGGAGAUGGGGUUUAAAGAUAUAAAAACAUGUACAUGGUGAAAAGAAAGCUGUUUGAGUUACAUAACAUUGAGGAAGAAUGGUAUAAAUUUAAUUGGAUGGAAGGGUCCAAAUUAGUUGGAUGGAGCCUAGAAAAAUAAUGGAUCAUAUUAAUAGGGGAACUAGCCCUUUUGUUAUGGAAUCUGAAGUUUAUGGGAGAGGGGGAGAUGAAGACAAGAUGGUGAAGCUGUUACUGUCAACAACUGCUGAAGUAGGAAGGGAAUCAUGUAUUUCAAUAGUAGGCUUGGGAGGGCUGGGAAAGACAACCCUUGCACAAUUAGUAUUCAAUGAUCAGAGGGUUAAAAACCAUUUUGAUAUUAAAACAUGGGCUUUUGUUUCUGAUUAUUUUGAUGCCAAAAACAUAUUGAUGGCAGUGAUAGAAUCAGUUAGUGAAAAGGAAUCUAGUUAGUCCACCAUGGAAGGACUUCACUCGGAAGUGUGGAGAUUGUUACACAAUAAAAGAUACUUGAUUGUUUUAGAUGAUGUUUGGACAGAUGAUCAGGAAAAUUGGGACAAACUCAAACCACUCUUUGGUGGAGUUGUUGGUGGAUCCCAAAUUAUAAUUACAACCCGGAGUCAAAGAGCUGCAAACAUGAUGAAUUCUCCCACUUUUCCAUAUAUAUUGGAAGGUUUGUCUGAGGAUGCUUGCUGGUCUUUGCUCAAGCAACGUGCAUUUAGAAUAGGGGAAGAGAAGAAACACCCAGAUCUCUUACCUAUUGGAAGAGAGAUUGUCAAGAAAUGUGGAGGAGUUCCAUUAGCUGCAAAGACAUUGGAAAGUCUCAUGCUUCUCAAAAGAGAGAGAAGAGAGUGGUUGGUUGUCCAAGAUAGUGAACUUUGGAACUUGGACAAAAGCGAAAAUGGAAUUCUACCAGCCUUGAAGUUGAGUUACCAUCAUUUAUCAUGUUGCCUCAAGCGUUGCUUUUCAUUCUGUUCAAUUAUUCCCAGAGGAUAUGAAAUCAACAAAGAGAAACUAAUUCAUCAAUGGAUGGCAGCAGAAUUGUUGCAGUUUGGAUCACAAGAAGAAACACCGGAGGAUAUAGGCAAUGACUACUUUAAUUAUCUUAUAUCUUUCUUCCAAGAUGUUAAGAAUUGCGAUGUUUAUGGUGUUCAUGUUGGAUACAAGAUGCAUGAUCUCAUUUAUGAUCUUGCACAAUCUCGCGCUGGAAUAGAUUCUGUGAUUAUGAAUCAUGGUUUUUCUCCAAAGCUCUGUUCAGAAGUCCUUCACUCAUCUGUUGUUUGCAAUUCAAGGGCCUCAUCAAUGAUCCCAGAAGCAUCAUACAAAGCAAAGCAUCUACCAACUCUCCUUUUGUUUUCAAAUGGUGAUUUUGCGGAAGUUCCUUCUAAAGUAUUCUCAAGUUUUGAAUGUUUGCGGGAAUUGGGUUUGAGUAGAUGUGGCCUUGUGGUUCUGGAUGGUUCAAUUGGUGAACACUUGUUAUCAGUGAGGUAUCUUAAUCUUUCUCAUACACAUAUCAAAGAGUUGCCUUGUAGCAUUGAAAAUCUUCGUUAGUUGCAAACUUUAAAUGUGUCUGGUUGCUAUAAUCUUGUAGCAUUGCCUAACAUAGCAAAUAUGCCAAGCCUCAGACACCUCAAUACCUCUGGAUGUGACUCCUUGACCACCAUGUUACCUUUGGUCGAACCCUUUGCAAGUCUCCAACAGAAUUUAUCUCCUAUGAUCAAUGCUGCUCUACCUAAGCGUGGAAAUCAGCUUCGAACAUUACCACUCUUUGUUAUUGGCAGUAUUAUUGACUUGCUGCUUCUAGGACAGCUUCACCUCCAUGGGAACCUGAAAAUCACACAUUUAAACAAGGUGCAUAGCAAAAUGGAACUCCACAUACUUGAAGGUUUCAACUUUAACCACAUUGAAUCAUUGAAACUUUAUUGGGGCGAUGACAAGGAAACUGCUGUAACCAGAUUCCAAGAAAGGAAAGAUAACUACUCAUAUGGAAGGCCACAGUUGUUUCAACAUAACGAUCAUGAUCAUGAUGUGGCAAACAGAAUUCUUAGUUUCCUGCAACCCAGGCAAAACCUUAAAGAUUGGAGGUACAAGAGUUCCCAGGCGACUUCUUUCCACAUUGGAUAAAUCAUAUGAAUUUGACCGAUCUUAAGUUGGUGGACUGUAGAAACUGUAAGAAUCUUCCAGCCCUUGGAAAUCUUAUGUUACUUAACAAUCUCUUCUUGCAAGGAAUUCAUGCAGUGAACUGUAUUGGCAAAGAUUUUUAUGGGAAAAGGAGGCCAUUCGAGGAACUUAGAGAACUAGCCAUCAUUGAUUUCCCUAAUUUAGAAGAAUGGUUAAGUCCAGAUGGUGAAGAAUCUUUAUUCCCUAGCUUGGAAAAGCUAUCUGUCAGCAAAUGUCCAAAGCUGAAACUGAUGCCACAAAUAAUGUCUGAUAUCCAACAAUUGGAGCUGCAGGAUUGUACUGCAACUUUCAUUCAUUCAUUUCAGAACCUAACCUCUCUUAAAGUUCCGGAAAUUGAGAAGGUCCAAGAUUUGUCAUCUUUCACUGGAGAAUUUCCUGCAAACAACACUCUUCUUACAUCUCUGGAGAUUAGAUCUUGUUGCGAGCUUCAUUCACUGCCUACAUUUGGAGGACUUACUUCCCUGGAAUCAUUGACAAUUCGGUGGUGUAGAAAACUCUUCUAUUUACCUGAAGGUCUUGAAAACCUCAAUGCUAUGCAUUCCUUUGAGAUUGGUGAUUGACACAGUCUCAUGUUUUUCCCAAAGAUUGGGACUAGUGGGUUCAGUAAGCUUCGUACUUUGUCCAUUGAGAGCUGCAGUAAUCAGACUUCUAUAUCAAUGGGAUUGCAAAAUCUCACUUCUCUUGAGCACUUGAUCAUUAUGUUCUGUCCAAGUCUUUCUUUUCCAGAUCAUUUCGAACACCUUGUUGCCCUUCAAAGCUUGACAAUCUUAGGCCGCUUUCCAGAGUUCAAAUCUUUUCCAAAGGAGUUACAGAGCCUUCAGGGAUUGCUUAGUCUGGAAAUCAGAAGCUGCCCUGGCUUAGAAGCUUAGCCAGGCUGGAUUGGGAAACUUAUUUUAUUGAGAUCUUUAGCAAUUUCAAAUUGUCCUAUAACAUCUUUACCUCAAAGUAUAAAACAACUCUCUGGACUCCAGCAUCUCUCUAUUCAACAUUGUCCAUCACUUCUUGGAAGGUGUGCAUCUUGUGAUGGUGAGGAUUGACCAAAGAUAUCCCACAUCCCAUAUAAGAAAAUUGGACAACCUAAGCCAUUACAUCCAACUGAAGCAAGCAACUCUAGUUAAACCAAAAAAAUCCGGUGGCAUCGACUUGAAAGCAAGAGUUUUUUGGUGAGGAUGAUGCAGUUGAGUGCAUUUGGUGUGAGAAUUAUUGGAUUCAUUAUGUAGCAGACCAGAUGGUUGCUAUGGCUUGGUUUUUCAUACAAGAGUAGUAGAUUGUGAGCUUGGCUAUGUUUUUUUCUGUUGGUUAUGGGCGUUUGGUUAGCAACUUAGCAUUAUUGUAGUUUCUCAUAUUAAGUCUAUAAUGGGAACUAUUUCCUAUCAUCCUUCGUUCAGAUAUUACUUUAAUUAUUGUUCAAUUCAAUCUCUAUAGACACUGGCCAAGUGCCUGACAGACUUUUUUUUUUUUUUUUUUUGAAAGUAUCGUUAGAUGCUAUAAUCUCUCUCAGUAUAAUUUGGGUGCUUGGCAAACAUGUUUUGCAGCUUCUUUUACAGAUUGUACAUAUUUACUUCCUGAUUUUCCCCCUUUUUUUUUUUUUUUUUUUUUUUGA